AAAAUUUUUCGCACCAUUUUGUCAAGCGCGAAAUUUUAAUUAAGAAAAUUCAAAGUGAUAUAAACCAUUACGAUCGUAGUAGGGUUAGAUGCUGUUAUACGUGUUGGAUUUCCCGAAGUUAGAUAAUAUUUAUCUGUUAACAAUAAUCACAUUGUUUAAUUAUAUAAGCGAUAAUAAUGAUAUUGUUAAAAUUCAAGUCUGAAUCAACAUAUUACUCAAUGUACAAAUAUGCUUUAUUUAUUAUAUUUAUCACAAGUACUUCAUCACUUUUUAUUUAUUUAAAUAAAAUCCAACCGUAUUAUUAUAUCGAUGAAAUGUUUCACAUACCACAAACUUUACAUUAUUGCGAUGGAAAUUUUACUGUGUGGGACUCAAAAAUUACAACUUUACCUGGCUUGUAUUUUCUCACAGCUGCAAUAUUAUCUCCAUUAAAUCUUUGUAGUAUAUUUUAUAUAAGAUGUAUAAAUUUAUUUGGUACAUUUGCUAACUUUUAUCUUACAUAUUCUUUAAUGAAGCAAAUACAUAAAAAUAAUUGGGAAGAUUGGAUGCAGUUAGAAAUAGCAUACGAUAUUACAAUGUUUCCUCCAUUAUUUUUUUGGUUUUUCCUAUAUUAUACAGAUGUUGUAUCUGUUAAUGUUGUAUUAUUGAUGUUAUUACUACACUUUCAAUCGUAUUAUAAAAUCUCAGCUUUCGCUGGAUUAUUAAGCAUUUUGAUCAGACAAACAAAUGUUAUUUGGGUUAUAUUUCUCACCUUGGAACGUCUGGUGGAUUUAAUACAUCAAUAUACACAGAAACCUGCGACGUCUAUGGCCAUUAAUACACCGAUUCAUUUAAAGUUAUUAUGGAAGAGUAUAGUGGAUGAAGCAAAUAAUGGUAAAAUCUCAUUUAUUAAAUUUCUUAUUAAAAUAAUUAUUAAUCUUUUUCCCUAUAUAAUGGUAGGCAUAAUAUUUUUAAUUUUUCUUAUUUGGAACGGUGGUAUUGUUGUUGGUGAUCGUACUGCGCAUGUACCAAUUAUUCAUAUACCGCAAUUAUUUUAUUUCUCAGUUUUUCUAUUUUCUUUCUUAUGGCCUUACAUGAUACCACAUUGUUCCAAAUUUUUUCAAAGUAUUCAGGAUCAUUGGAUCUUGUCGAGUUUCAUUUUUGCACUUAUAACAAUUAUAGUUCAUUGCAAUACCCUUGUUCAUCCAUAUGUAUUAGCCGAUAAUAGACAUUACACAUUUUACAUAUGGAAUAAAUUUAUGGGGAAAUAUUUUCUAUUUAGAUAUAUGUUAGUACCUGUAUAUUGUUUUACCAUUUAUAGCGCGCUGUAUGGAAUAAGUCAUAUAAGAUUCGCAACACAAAUUAAUUUUAUUUUCUGCACAGCUAUAGCUCUUGUACUACAGUUAUUAUUAGAACCACGUUAUUUUAUUAUCCCCUAUAUUUUUUAUCGUUUGAGUAUGAGAAAACCGCAAAAUUGGCAAAUUGUUAUGGAAUCGUUCACGAAUUUAAUAGUCAAUCUUUUACAAUUUUUUAUAUUUGUUAAUAAAGUAUUUUAUUGGGAAGAUCAAGUUCAUCCCCAGAGAAUAUCUUGGUAAAAUAAUUCCGGUCAAUUGUUAAUAAAAUGCAGAAGCUAGGAAUCUAUUCUGACUAGAUUCAUUUGUAGAAAAGCAUAUAUCAUUGAUAAAAUUAUAAAACAAAAUAAUUUAUAAUUUUGUUUUAGACAGUAAAAAGUUAUCUGAGACGACAAUACUCUGUCUAAAAGAUAUAAUUAGAUUUACGUUUCAUUUCUGGAUGAUUUCGUUUGAGUAUCUUAAAAUAGAAUAGUACUGACUUCAGUAUAAGCGCAUAGUCAAGCUUGGCUAUUUUCUUCCCAUUGUACUAAUUUUAAAUUAGGAUUUGUUCAUUCUGGUUAUUUUAUUAUUUCCAAUAACAUAUAAUAUAUUUAUAAGAUAUCGAAAAUCGAAUGAAGAUGAUUGAAAUGAAAUAAAAAUUUUAUUUGCAAA